AUGGCACCCUCGGUCCUGUUUGACGGCCUCCAGUACGUUCUGUCAGGCAUUGUUAGGGGCUGCGGACGACAAAAGAUUGGUGCUCUCGUCAACUUCGUUGCAUACUAUCUCCUUGGUAUUCCUGCAGCGCUUGUUUUCACCUUCGUCUGUCAUCUGGGCGUACUGGGGCUUUGGUUGGGAAUAAUCAUCGGAAUGGUCGCACAGAUGUUGUUGCUUCUCGUCAUUUCCUUUGGCACCAACAAUUGGGAAAAACAAGCAAUCGAUGCAAAGGACAGAAUUUUCACUUCAUCGCCAACAGAGCCAUGAUCAAAGACAUCACAUAACAUCCGCAAGACUUCACGUGUGUUAUAUUGUGUGAUCCAAAUUCAUAAGAAGGCUAACUUCUGACGAGCGGAGUGAGACCCGUCGACGAUAGGCUUAGGCCAAAACGGAGCGGGGUCCAAAGUUAGCCCACAACGUGUUCAAUAUAGGGUUUAACUCCUCCUUGAGACACAUUCAUUCUUGUAGCAUGAAUUUCAACAAUCUCCCGAACAACAAAGAAAACACGUGUUGACGUCAACAACCACUUGGAAUAAGAAGUUAUACCAACCAAAUUCGAGCAAAGCUCAAGCUUGGCAACAAAAACUGGUUUCGUCAUCAUAUCAACAUGAUUAUCAUGAGUACUA